AUGGCAGACCAAGUGUCACCCUUUAUUCGAACGAUUUUCACGGAUAUAACAGGGUCGAUGUUGUCUCAUCAAAUGUUGGGGCGAUGCGCUACUCAUGAGAUGGCCAUGAUGGAUUGCAUCGAAGCUUAUGGAUGGGAUCGCGGUAGCAGGAAGUGUAAACCACUCAUUGAAGAGUUCAAAGAGUGUCAAACGAACACUAAGCAGUUUAAGCGAUUUAUGGCUCUACGCAAAGAGCGCGAUCGACAGAUAGCCUGCGGACAGCUUGUAGGAGACAACCAGUACAAGUCACCGAGAAUUGAUAGUUUCUAAUAACAAUGUUUCACAUAUAACUAGAAAUAGAAACAUUUUUAGUACCUU